AUGUUCCUUCUACUCAUGAUCUUCUUGCUUUCCUCGACGGUGGUGGCGGCACAGGCCGACGCGAACCCAGGCAAGAUCGCAAGGAGUCAGUUCCCCAAGGACUUCCUCUUCGGCACAGCCUCUUCGGCUUACCAGUAUGAAGGUGCUGCGAGGGAAGGCGGCAGAGGACCCAGCAUCUGGGACGCCUUCACUCACAAUCACCCAGAAAAGAUAGCAAAUGGAAGCAAUGGAGAUGUAGCAAUAGACUCCUACCACCGGUACAAGGACGAUGUCAACAUCAUGAAGGAUUUGGGCUUUAAUGCCUAUAGAUUUUCUCUUUCUUGGUCACGAAUUCUGCCUAGUGGGAAAUUGAGUGGAGGGGUCAACAUGGAAGGAAUCAAUUACUACAACAAUCUCAUCGAUAAACUCAUUUCGGAAGGUAUUGAACCAUUUGUAACCCUUUUUCACUGGGACUCCCCGGAAGUAUUAGAACAGCAGUAUGGUGGCUUCUUAAGCCAGCUUAUUGUGGAAGAUUUCAAGGACUAUGCCAGCAUCUGCUUCAGGGAGUUUGGUGACAGGGUGAAGUACUGGAUAACAUUCAACGAGCCUUGGAGUUUCAGUAUUGGUGGCUAUUCUAGUGGUACAUACGCACCUGGUAGAUGCUCGUCUUCGGCAAAGCCAGGUUGUAGCAUGGGAGACUCGGGAAGGGAACCUUAUAUAGUAGCUCAUAAUCAACUUCUGGCUCAUGCAGCAGCAGUUCAAGUGUACAGAGACAAAUACCAGAUAGAGCAAAAAGGGAAGAUCAGCAUUACAAUAGUUAGUAAUUGGAUAAUUCCCUACACAAAUUCCAAAGAAGACAAGGAUGCUUCCAAACGUGCAUUGGACUUCAUGUAUGGAUGGUUCAUGGAUCCCUUAACCAAGGGACAUUAUCCACUCAGCAUGAAAACACUGGUUGGUAACAGACUACCAAAAUUCACAAAAGAGCAGGCAAGGGCUGUAAAAGGAUCAUUUGAUUUCAUUGGCCUUAAUUAUUAUUCAGCAAGAUAUGCAAAGAAUACUAAACACAAUAGCAAUAGUAAAGAAAGCUACAGUACUGAUUCACAAACUGAUCAAAGAGUGGAAAGAAAUGGAACGUAUAUUGGCCCAAAGGCUGGCUCUUCUUGGCUCUAUAUCUAUCCAAGAGGAAUAGAAGAACUACUGCUAUAUACCAAGAAGACAUAUAACAACCCUACUAUAUACAUCACAGAAAAUGGUGUUGAUGAAAUUAACAAUGAAAAUUUACCUCUUCAAGAAGCGUUAAUUGACAAUACCAGAAUAGAAUUCUACCAGCAACACAUAUUCUAUGUUCAAAGAGCCCUAAAGCAAGGAGUUGACGUACGAGGAUACUUUGCAUGGUCACUAUUUGACAACUUCGAGUGGGUGGAUGGUUAUAGUGUUCGGUUUGGUCUUAACUACAUCAACUACAAGGAUGGUCUGAAACGAUAUCCAAAGCGAUCAAGCCAAUGGUUUCAGAAGUUUCUUCAUCACUAA